AUGCUACCGUACCUCUUACCUGACCUUGCUGCCUUUCCCACAGUCGCUGAACUCAUUACGCACCUCCACACUAGUGACACUCGCUACCGCGCUGCGCUUCCUCCUGAGUUCUGCGCCAAGAACCCCCCCCCCCCCAUGUACAUCACCCUCUACUACAUAGUCACCCGGCUCCCUGACUCUCUCCGCGGGUGUUCCCCCUCCCCCCUCUUGCCCUCUGUUGCUUCUCCUGCUGCUGCCGACCUCGUUCAUUUCUACGGGGUCGGCGCUGCGUCUGCCCCUAGCGAGAGACGCCGCACCGGCAAGGGCAAGGGGGGCAAGGGAACUAGAGGGGCUAGCGGGGGCGGUGGAGGUGGUGGUGGAGGCAGUGGAGGGAGUGGGGGUGGUGGUGGGAGUGGUGCCGGGGGUGGCGGCGGCGGCGGCAGCAGUGGAGGCGGAGGAGGCGGCGGUGGUGGCGGAGGGAGCGGAGGCGGCGGAGCCGUCUCUGGCACCCUGUCAGGUCUCUACCUCCCCUCGUUCUCUACGAACUUGGUGAGUGGAGCGGACCUACAGGAUAGGGGUGUUGACCAGUUCACUCCUGCGAGUCAGCGGGUGACCCACUGCACGUGUUCUCGGACAGGCCGACACUUGGCCACGUUUACCCAUCGGCCUGGGUCGAGCCUGUACACCCUUACUGCUGAGUCUCCUGAAGCUGCUGAGUCUCGUCAGGUAACUGCGUCGAGUCAGGUGUUUGCUGCAGCGUCCAGGUCUUGUCCUGAGUCUGCUCCCUGCUCGUGUCGUCUCCUGUCCCACUAG